GCAAAUUGGAAAACUCUCAACACAAAAAAUUGGACGCGUUAUCAGUUGGCGAAAAGGAAACCAGCCUAGAAGGAAAAAUCAACAAAUUAUUAUUUAUUUCUUUAUCCAUUAUUAAUAAAAAAACUACCUCGAUAGUCUCGAAUCGCUACCCACAGAGCUGGAAAGGAAUUUCAAGCUUAUGCGAAAGCUCGACGAUCGGGCACAGACGGCAAUGAAAAGCAUCGACACCCAUGCCAAAGAAUAUAUGAAAAAUCUGGUGACCAAUAAGGAUUCAAUGACCGAGGAGGAACGCAAGAAGCGACUGCAUGAAAUCCAAGUUUUAUUUGGCAAAGCCAAGGAGUACAGUGAUGAUAAGGUGCAACUUGCAAUACAAACGUAUGAAUUAGUCGACAAGCAAAUACGAAGAUUGGACAAUGAUUUGGCUAGAUUCGAGGGUGAGAUUCAGGAGAAAGCAUCGUCGACACGAAGCAAAUCAGAGGAAGCUGUUGUCAAGAAAGGACGAAAGAAAACAAAGGAUGCCAAAACAACUGGCAAAAAGAAACAAUCACCAUCCUCGGAAGACGAAGCUCGAGGCGGUGGUGGUACUGCGGCACAAGUUAGCAAAAAGAAAAAGCAGAAGGUAAAUCAAGAAAAAGAGAAUCGCAAGGGUCAAAAGUUGAGUUGCUUGACACAGAAGAAUGCAGAAGUUGAAGAAUCUGAAAAGGAAUCUGGACCUGCAACACAUCCCAGUGAUGUAUUGGAUAUGCCAGUUGAUCCAAAUGAACCUACUUAUUGUUUGUGUCAUCAAGUGUCCUAUGGCGAAAUGAUUGGAUGUGAUAAUCCAGAUUGCCCAAUCGAAUGGUUUCACUUUGCCUGCGUUGGACUCACAACAAAGCCAAAGGGCAAAUGGUUUUGUCCAAAAUGUACACAGGAUCGAAAGAAGAAAUAAAAAAAAACAUUGUGCAUUGUUUUGUUUCACAAAGUUUUUUUUUUUGUUUUUGUUUAAGUAAGAAUUUUAUAUAAAUAU